UUUUUUAGAAUACGUGUACAUUACAUCACAGGAAGUGUCAGGACAAAAACGGAAGAGGUUGCCGGUGCCAAAAAAUAACAACAGAGGAUUAGCUGGCGUUUGUCUGGAUGCGCAUUCUAAGAAGCUAACUUUAUUCAAAGGAGAUCUGUGUGUCUGUCAGCUGACCAGCCCACUGAUCAGCAAAAUGAGCAGUGCAGGAACAGUGGAGAGUGGUAAACCUCCAAAGAUCGGCUCUAUAGUAGAGGUGACAGGAAAGGGUCAGCGCGGAACUGUUGCCUACAUCGGUGCCACCCUCUUUGCCUCUGGAAAAUGGGUUGGCGUCAUACUUGAUGAGCCCAAAGGCAAGAACGAUGGGACUGUGCAGGGGAAACGCUACUUCACCUGUGAGGAAAAUCAUGGGAUAUUUGUCAGACAGUCCCAGAUCCAGGUGGUGGAGGACGGUUCUGCUGCAACGUCACCAGAUGCCCCUGAGUCUGGCAUUACCAGAAUGUCCAAGCAAAAGGAUAUUCCAGAGACUCCUAAAACAUCGAAACAGACACCUGUGAGCAUUAAGAAGUCCUCUACCCGCCGCUCUGCUAAGUGGAGUACUCCACGUCUCAUGCCUGCUACCUCCCUCCCCUCGCUCCUUGUGCGCCCCCACAGCCGCUACAGCCUGACAUCCAUGGCAUCUCGUGAGAGCCUGUCUUCCUCUCUGUCCGGUGAUGUCAGUGAGGCGAGCCUGUCACACCAGGGUGCCCUGGGAGCACCUGUUGUGCCUCAGCCAAGCGGGACGCCUGCAGCUGCAGUAGCCACUGUUCCAGCUACACCAAGCAAGGCGGAACCUGCCAUUUCCAAGCAGGAAGAAGAGUCACUCCGAGCUCAAGUCAAGGAUCUCGAGGAGAAGCUGGAAACGCUGAAAAUGAAGAGGACUGAGGACAAGGCCAAGCUGAAGGAGCUGGAGAAACACAAGAUCCAGCUGGAGCAGCUUCAGGAGUGGAAAACCAAAAUGCAGGAGCAACAGGCAGAGCUGCAGAAACAACUCAAAGAAGCCAAGAGGGAAGCACGUGAGGCACAGGAGGCUAAGGACCGUUACAUGGAGGAGAUGUCUGACACAGCAGAUGCCAUCGAAAUGGCCACACUGGACAAAGAGAUGGCUGAAGAGCGGGCAGAGUCUCUGCAAGUGGAAGUGGACACACUGAAGGAGAAGGUGGAGGAGCUCUCCAUGGACCUUGAGAUUCUUAGGCAUGAAAUAUCUGAGAAAGGCACAGAUGGUGCCGCAUCAAGUUACCAUGUCAAACAGCUGGAGGAGCAGAAUGGCAGACUGAAGGAGGCACUGGUCAGAAUGCGUGACCUUUCUGCCUCAGAGAAACAGGAGCAUGUGAAGCUGCAGAAGCAGAUGGAAAAGAAGAACACUGAGCUGGAGACUCUGAGAACGCAGAAAGAGAAACUGCAGGAAGAAAUGAAGCAGGCAGAAGCCACUAUAGACGAGCUGAAGGAGCAGGUGGAUGCUGCUCUUGGAUCAGAAGAGAUGGUGGAAACCCUGACAGAAAGAAACCUCGACCUGGAAGAGAAAGUCCGAGAGCUAAGAGAAACUGUGACUGACCUGGAGGCAAUCAAUGAGAUGAAUGAUGAACUCCAGGAGAAUGCCAGAGAGACUGAGAUGGAGCUGAGGGAGCAGGUGGACCUGAGUGGUGCAAAGGUCAGAGAGGCAGAAAAAAGGGUGGAGGCUGCCCAGGAGACUGUAGCUGAUUAUCAGCAGACCAUCAACAAAUACAGAGAGCUGACUGCCAGCCUACAGGAUGCCAACAGAGAACUGACCAGCCAGCAGAAUGCCAAUGUUGAGCAGGUUCAGCAACCGCCUGCGGAACUGUUUGAUUUCAAGAUUAAGUUUGCAGAGACCAAAGCCUAUGCCAAGGCGAUUGAGAUGGAGCUGAGGAAAAUGGAAGUGGCUCAGUCAAACAGACAGGUGUCCCUCCUCACCUCGUUCAUGCCAGACUCCUUUCUCCGUCAUGGCGGCGAUCACGACUGUAUUCUGGUGCUUCUGCUCAUUCCCAGGCUCAUAUGCAAGGCUGAGCUGAUCAGUAAACAGGCCCAGGAGAAGUUUGACUUGAACGGGAACCUGGUCCAGGGCACGGGCCUCAGAGGGCCUCCAGGAGAGCAGCGUAGCUUUGCCUCAGGCCUGGUCUACUCCCUCAGCCUGCUGCAGAGCACCCUGCACAAAUAUGAACAGGCUCUGAGUUCCUGCAGCGUGGAGGUGUUUAAGCGUAUGGGUACACUCUACUCUGAAAUGAGCUUCCACGAGCGCUCUCUGGAUUAUUUAAUUGAUUUGCUGCAUAAGGACCAAUUAGACGAGACUGUCCAAGUGGAACCUCUGACUAAGGCCAUUAAGUACUAUCAGCAACUGUACAGCGUCCACCUGACAGAUCAAAGUGAGGACUGCACGGUGCAGCUGGGUGACCACAUCAAGUUUAGCCAGAGUGCCUUGGACUGUAUGGGAGUGGAGGUGGCUCGUCUGCGAGCCUUCCUUGCAGCGGGGCAGGAGAGCUCUGUGUUGUCUGUGCUUCUGAAGGACCUAGACACUUCCUGCUCUGACAUCAGACAGUUCUGUAAGAAGAUCCGUCGCCGCAUGCCUGGAACAGAUGUAGUUGGAGUUCCUGCUGCUGUGAGCUUUGGACCACAGGUGUCUGAGACUUUGACUGAGUGCCGGCGCCAGCUGACUAGGGUGGUGGCUGUACUGCAGGAGGUGGCAGCAGCUGGUGCUCAGAUGGUUGCUCCACUGGCAGAACAGGAGGGACUCAGUGCGCUUAAACUAGAGGACAUCACUGGCAAGGCUGUGGAACAGGUAUAUGGCUCCCAUGGCCUGAACGGCCCUGAGUGUCUGCGUCAGUCUUGCAGCUCAGUCAUUGCUACCAUGAACAAGAUGGCGACAGCCAUGCAGGAAGGAGAAUAUGAUGCUGACAAACCUCAGAGCAUGACUCCACCUGUGGAGGUGAGAGCAUCCACUGUCAGAGCGGAGAUGACUGACGCUGAAGGUCUAGGAGUUAAACUAGAAGACAGAGAGACAGUCAUCAAGGAGCUCAAGAAGUCUCUCAAGAUUAAGGGUGAGGAGCUAAGCGAGGCCAACGUCCGUCUGAGCCUUCUGGAGAAGAAGCUGGACACCUCCACCAAGGAUGCAGAUGAGCGAGUUGAGAAGAUUCAGACUAAACUAGAUGAGAAUCUUUCCCUGCUGAAGAAGAAAGAAAAGGAGUUUGAGGAAACAAUGGACGCUCUACAAGCUGAUAUUGACCAGCUUGAGGCAGAAAAGGCAGAGCUGAAACAACGCAUCAAUAGCCAAUCAAAGAUGACUAUUGAAGGCCUGAGAGGCCCAGCUGCGUCUGGAAUUGCCUCCAUUGUUCAGGGCUCUGCAGGAGCAGGUCUGUCUCCAUCCAUGGCAGGCUCAGUGCAGGUGGUGGACUCGCCUCUGCUCAGGCAGCAGGUUGAGGCUCAGAGGCUGAGCAUCAAACACCUCAAGAAUGAAAACAACAGGAUCAAGGCUGAGAAGAUGAGAGCACAGCUGGCAUCACUGCCUCCACUCUGUCCUCCUAAACUGCCACAAGUUCCCAAAGACAGCUCCAUGCCACCACAGGGGCUAAACACGGGCAUCUAUCGCAGGACAGACCAACUGCUGGCAACCCUGCUCAAGCUGAGCGCAGAGGUCAAGGUGGUGGAUAUCACCGGGAAGACUGCAGUUAGUGCCAGUGCUCAGCUGCUGGAACAGACAGCUAGACUGAAGAACCUCUCAGACGCUCUGGAAAAACUCAAGGGAGAAGUAGCUGAACACGUAGUCUCUUACCAGCCUGGUGCGAAGGCCUCCUCAGACUUUGCCACCUUCCCAGUUUCCUCUUUUGUUAAGGCCAAAGAGGAGAAGCAGGGAGGAACAGUGUUUGUAGGACGCGUUUCCAUUCCGUGCACCGCUGGCCAGGAACAAGUCCACCGCCUUGUCCUGUCUCAACAGCAGCUGCAGCAAGUGCACCGCCUCCUGAUGGCAUAAGGCAACUUGAUGUUGGUCCAAAGCUGCAAUUAACAGCACAUUUCUUUAUUCUCAUUAGUUUCCACUUUUGAUGUUCUUGUCUGUUUUCCCACAUCUGCUUUUCACUAUUCUCAGGAAAUGGCCCCAAAUUUUUGUAACAUUAAAGCACUAAUACAAUGAUGGACACAAGACUGAUUUUUAUUUAAGUCCACUUAAAUUAAACUUGAGUCACAUUUCAACGGUCUCGUGUUUAUUACUAAUAGUUUUCAUGCACCACUUUUGUCAUGUAAUGGAAAUUAGUAUGUCAUUUUUACUGUACUUGCACCUCUUCACUUUUUCCUUUGUAUCUUUUGUACUUGUAUUAAAACAAAAUUAAACUAGUGCAAAGUG